UUCCGCCAUUCCGGAGGUAGUUGAAGCUCAUUGACAUCGUUGACUAUGUUUCUUCUACUUGAGCACCACACUCACCAAACAAAUCAUGGUGCAAAUCUCCAGUGAUCAAUCGUCCAAAAUGAUCCUGGCGCAAUGAGAAACUUUAGCUGCUGAUCUACUCCACUGUCCUGCUCUUUAGCUCGAGAGGACCGUGGGCCUUUGGGAGCUGGACUUUGGUGAAACCUCACUGCACUGAGCUGGAGAGAGCGAGCGAGAGAGUGUGUGCUCUGUACGAGCAGCAGUUGGGCUUGUUGCUGUUGAGGAGCUUGGUGUAAUUAUGGGACCGCUCAGUAGUUCUCUGGAAGAAGCCAUCUUCCAAUUUUCUCUCGUUCUGCUGUGUCUGCUGAACGGAAGCUUGAGAGAUUUGAAAUGCGAUGGAGGAUGAAAGUUUUUCGAACUAUCUGAUUUGGAGCGAUGGAGAGUACUCGGAGGUUCCAGCGAUGCAAGAUCCUGGAUCGAUGGGUUGGAAAUUUCCUGCCAAUCAUCACUCCAUGGAUUUUAAUCCCCUCGGGCUUUGGAGUGUUUUCAGCGUUGCUGCAGGGCUGUGCUGACAACUCUCUACAUGAUGUAGUUCUCUUCGUAGUACUUCCUGUUGGAGUGUGGUUUAUAAUUUCUCAGCUCUGUGGUAAGAAGAUUCUUGGGCCAACAUCUGCGCCUUCAUCAGUAGCCGCGCUGAUCGCCACCAUGUUUGCAACAUAUUUUUGGAGAGUAUCUUCUGUUAUGAACAAGUUUUUCAGUGUGACAUUUGGUGUACUUUGCAUAUUCCUUGCAACCAUGUUCUGGAGAAUGAUCAAGAGCAAUCCAGGUCGGUUGGUACCUGAUAUAUCUCUUGCAAGUGUACCGUAUUAUCCCAGUCGUUCUUACGGUGACAAGAACGAAAAUUUCCAAGUUCUGGAUGUUCCACGUGCAGUUCAGUGUCGUGGAUCUGUGCGGGCAUUGGCCACUUCAAACGCAUACAUGGAGGGGAUUCCAUUAUUGAGAUCAAAACAUUGUAAAUACUGUAAUGUACCAGUUGAGCGUUAUGAUCAUCACUGCCCAGCCAUCUACAAUUGCGUUGGGCGUAGAAACCAUGUUCUAUUUUUAAGUAUGAUGGCGACAUUUGUUAUCGCCGAAGCAUUAUAUUUGGAUGCAUGCUAUACCUAUUUACUGGCAGAUCCUGGUAUGUCUGGUUCGAAGACAAGGUUAGAUGGAGGUCUUGAAGAUAGCAUUGAAAACUGGGAGUGGACUUUAGCGCUUCAGAUCUUGCGGGGCAAGUCAUGGGUACUCGGCACCGCAGUCGUUGCCUUCAUACAGAUAUUGUGGCAGAUCCCUUUUAUUGGAUUUCACAUCUAUUGUGCGUGCAUCAACCUCACCACCGAUGAGUUGUUUCACUGGCAGACAUACGUUGAUUUACACGUUGAAACACCACCGGAACCAGGUCUACCUCGAGGGGGUAUAGAGUUUUUCAAUCCGUAUUGUAACGGGAUCAGAAACAAUCUUGCCAGUUUUCUGCGGUCAUGAUUGUGGUGUGGUUAUCGGAAAGAUUGAAACAAUUUUUGCGCUGGAAUAUAGAAUUCUGGUAGACACAUGCUUCGGGCAUAUUUAGUUUGAUUGGACGAUCUGGUUCCGGCUGAUCUAGAUUGACGAAGACUGUUUAGUGUAUGAUGUUUUCUCUGUAAGUUAAAUUCCAAGUACAUGAGUCCUGCUAUUGAAGGCAUAUUAUACAGAAUGGCCGGUGACAAUUGAGAACUGAC